AUGAAGCAAGAAGGAGUCCGAGCGAGGAGCGUUUCGUUCUCCUGCGCGGCGGAGUCGCUGUUUUGCCUUGGGUGCUGUGAAAUCAUCGAAAUCGUGGAUUCGCUGCUCGCCGGGCUAAUAACGCGUGAGCAGAGGUGCGUGACCACCUGUGUCCCUCGGCCGCCCCGCGGCACCAAGGGGGUCCCCCAGCACCAGAGUGCCACCAGGUGUGUCCCCCAGCAGAGUGUGACCGCCCUGUGCCCCCGGCAGGGCGUGCCCAGGUGUGUCACCACCUGUGUCCCCCAGCAGCGAGCGGCCAAGGGGGGCUCGUACCCGUACCUGACCUGCCAGGGACCCCGGCGGGGUGGCACCUCCUGUGUCCCCCAGCAGAUCUCCUGUGUCCCCCAGCAGAGUGGCACCUCCUACAUCCCCCAACAGAGUGGCACCUCCUACAUCCCCCAGCAGAGUGUCACCUCCUGUGUCCCCCAGCAAUGGGCCUCCAGGUGUGUGACCAAGUGUGUCCCCCAGCCCAGUGCCACCGACUGUGCCUCCAUUUGUGUCCCCCAGCAGCAGGGUGAGACAGUUUGUGUCCCUCAGCAGCAAAGUGCCACCAGUUAUGUCCCUCAGCAAAGUGCCACCCAGUGUGUCCCUUAUCAGAGUGUGACCAAGUCUGUCUGUUAUCAGAGUGUGACCAAGUGUGUCCCUCAGCAGCAAAGAUGUGCCACCAAGUGUGUCCCUCAGCAGCAAAGUGCCAGCCAGUGUGUCCCUUAUCAGAGUGUGACCAAGUGUGUCCCUCAGCAAAGAUGUGCCACCAAGUCUGUCUGUUAUCAGAGUGCCACCAAGUGUGUCCCUCAGCAGCAGAGAUGUGCCACCAAAUGUGUCCCUCAGCAAAGUGCCACCAAGUGUGUCCCUCAGCAAAGUGCCACCCAAUGUGUCCCUUACCAGAGUGUGACCAAGUGUGUCCCUCAGCAGCAAAGUGCCACCAAGUGUGUCCCUCAGCAGUCUGGGACAAUUUAUGUCCCUUACCAGAGUGUGACCAAGUGUGUCCCUCAGCAAAGUGCCACCAAGUGUGUCUGUUAUCAGGGUGCCACCAAGUGUGUCCCUCAGCAAAGUGCCACCAGCUGUGUCCCUUACCAGAGUGUGACCAAGUGUGUCCCUCAGCAAAGUGCCACCCAAUAUGUCCCUCAGCAAAGUGCCACCAAGUGUUUCCCUCAGCAAAGUGCCACCAAGUGUGUCCCUUGCCAGAGUGUCACCAGCUGUGUCCCUCAGCAAAGUGCCACCCCAAGUGUCCCUCAGCAGCAUUGUCAGUCAGGUGGGGUGAAAAUUUCCAAUCACUUAAAAAAAUACAUCUCAGCCCCCAAAUGGCCCUGGUAA